AUGUUGAUGAGCCAGUGCAUAGCAAAAGGCCUAACUCCAUUUCAGAUAGUGCUUCUUUGGACAUCACUGGAAGAUGAAAAGGGAAACCUGUUUCAUUCUCAAGCCUACUCUAGGGCCAGUGAAGUUGGUGAGGUGGACCUAGAGCAUGCAUCUUCUCUUGGAGGUGAUUAUGUAGGAGUCCACCCCAUGGGUCUCCUCUGGUCCCUGAAACGUGAGAAAAUAUUAACUAAACUGCUGAAAAGAGAUGUUAUGAAUAACCCCUUGAAGGUCCAAUUAAAACUUUAUGAUUCAGAUGUAAUGGUUACCCACAUCGCCAUCACUACUCCAAAGGUCAGCCUGACUUUGGAGAGGUGGUAUGUAGCACCUGGUGUCACCCGAAUCCAAGUCAAAGAAGGCUGCCUUCGGGGAGCCCUUCUUCUCCCUCCAGGUGAAGAGGGUCGUUUCCCAGUGGUAAUUGAUUUGUUUGGUGGUAUUGGUGGACUGAUUGAAAUCCGAACCAGUCUCCUGGCCAGUCAUGGCUUUGCUGUCUUGGCCUUGGCUUACUGUGACUAUGAAGACCUCCCUUUUUGACUAGAGAAAGUAGAUUUGGAAUAUUUUGAGGAAGAUGCCAACUUUCUCCUGAGACAUCCUAAGGUCCUUAGCCUGGGUAUUGGGGUAGUCUCCAUGUCCAAAACAGCAGAGACUGGACUCUCCAUGGCUAUUCACCUAAAGCAAGUCACAGCCGCCGCGCUUAUUAACGGGCCCAACUUUACUCUUGACAUUCCACAGGUAUAUCGUGGUCAGAUAAAUCAGCCCUGGCUGUUCUCUCCUCAUUCACUAUCCAUCAGUACCUUAGGAUUAGUAGAGUUACAGCGCAUUUUUGAGGAUACUAGAGCUGAAGCCAGUGAGACUUUUUUUCUCCCCAUUGAAAAGGCCCAGGGACAUUUCCUCUUCAUUGUGGGAGAAGAAGAUAUGAAUGUCAACAGCAAAGUAUACGCAGAGCAAGCCACAGAACAGCUGAGGAGACAUGGGAAGAACAACUGGACCCUGCUGUCUUACCCAGGGGUAGGCCACCUGAUAGAGCCCCCCUACUCCCCACUGUGCUGUGCCUCGAGGAUCUCCAAUCUCCGCCUCUUCAUGCACUGGGGAGGAGAAGUGAUCCCACAUGUAGCUGCACAAGAACGUUCUUGGAAGGAGAUCCAGAAGUUUCUCAGGAAACACCUUAUUCCAGUUGUGACCAGUUGUCUCUUAGAAGAGCAAAUAUUCCUGGAAAUACAGAAGCAAUAG